CUUUUGCUCUUUCAAAAAAAAAAAAAAAAUCCGUAGACUGUGCCUGCUCUCCUGGACCGCAAGACGAGGCAAGCCCGGGACUGGGCGUGCUCUCGCCUGCCCCGCUGCGCUGGCCUUGGCGGUGUAGCUGGGGGCCGCGUACCAAGAAGGUGCACCUGGUGCGCGGUGCUGGGCUGCCUGCAGACGCCGAGCCUCUGCGGGAGGUCCCGGAGCAGCUUCGCCAGCGCACCAAGCCACCUGCCCCUGCCUGCCAUAACCGAGCCGAACUGCCGCUGCGACUGCUUGUCCCCGCAAGUUCCACCUCGCCAGCGCCGCCCCCGGCCCCGCCUGGGGUGGUAUCUGCCCGGGUCUCUAGGGGUGCACCUUUUCACGUGUCGAUCUGCAAGACUGGACGCAACAGGCAGGAAAAGAAGACACCUGCCUGUGCCACUAUGAUCUCAUCCAGUGACUUUGCAUCUGCAUCCUGGGAGCUCAUGGUCCAAGUUCACAAUCCAAAUGAAAAGGAGCCAAGAGACAUCACACUGAGAGUGUCCGGAGACCUGCAUGUCGGGGGUGUGAUGCUCAAGUUGGUAGAAAAGAUCAACAUAGCUCAAGACUGGUCAGAUUUUGCUCUUUGGUGGGAACAGAAACAUUGUUGGCUUCUGAAAACCCACUGGACCCUGGACAAAUGUGGGGUUCAGGCAGAUGCCAAGCUUCUCUUCACCCCUCAGCACAAAAUGCUGCGCCUUCGGCUGCCUAACAUGAAGACGGUGAGGUUGCGAGUCAGCUUCUCGGCUGUGGUGUUUAAGGCUGUCAGUGACAUCUGCAAAAGCCUGAAUAUUAGAAGAUCAGAAGAACUUUCCUUGUUAAAGCCUUCUGGUGACUUUUUUAAGAAAAAGAAAAAGAAAGAUAAAAAUAAUAAGGAGCCCAUAAUUGAAGAUAUUCUCAACCUGGAGAGUUCUCCAACAGGGUCACCAGGAAGUCCUGGCUUAUACAGUAAGACCAUGACUCCUACCUAUGACCCCGUCAAUGGAACUCCGGCAUCCUCCACCAUAACUUGGUUCACUGACAGCCCUUUAACAGAACAAAACUGCAACAUCCUCGCAUUCAGCCAGCCACCCCCGUCACCAGAGGCACUUGCUGUUAUGUACCAGCCUCGGUCUCUGAUUGAUAAAGCCAAGCUUAACGCAGGUUGGCUAGAUUCUUCACGCUCCCUUAUGGAACAAGGAAUCCAAGAGGAUGAGCAACUGCAGUUACGAUUUAAAUACUACACUUUCUUUGAUUUAAAUCCUAAAUAUGAUGCUGUCCGAAUAAACCAACUCUAUGAACAAGCCAGGUGGGCUAUUCUCUUAGAAGAAAUUGACUGCACAGAAGAAGAAAUGCUGAUCUUUGCAGCACUACAGUAUCACAUCAGCAAAUUGUCGAUGUCGGCUGAGGUACAGGAUUUUACAAAUGAGUCUGAGGUUGACGAAGUGGAAGCUGCCCUUUCUAAUUUGGAAGUGACCCUAGAAGGUGGAAAAGCAGACAGCACUUUGGAGGACAUUACUGACAUCCCCAAGCUUGCAGACAAUCUCAAAUUGUUUAGGCCAAAGAAGCUAUUAUUAAAAGCUUUCAAACAAUAUUGGUUCGUCUUUAAAGACACAUCUAUAACCUACUUUAAAAAUGAGGAACUUGAACAAGGAGAACCCAUAGAAAAACUCAAUCUUAGAGGCUGUGAAGUUGCGCCAGACGUGAAUGUAGCAGGCAGAAAAUUUGGAAUCAAGCUACUAAUCCCAGUUGCUGAUGGUAUGAACGAAGUGUAUUUGAGAUGUGACCACGAGAAUCAAUAUGCCCAAUGGAUGGCUGCCUGCAUCUUGGCAUCAAAGGGCAAAACCAUGGCAGACAGCUCGUACCAGCCAGAGGUCCUCAACAUCCUUUCGUUUCUGAGGAUGAAAAACCGGAAAUCCUCAAUUCAGUUGACUUCCAGUCUCGAAAGCAUGGACAUGAACCCAGAAUGUUUUGUGUCACCUCGGUGUGCAAAAAAAUACAAAUCUAAGCAGCUGGCUGCGCGGAUCAUGGAAGCCCAUCAGAACGUGGCCACGAUGCCCCUGGUUGAAGCCAAGCUGCGGUUCAUCCAGGCAUGGCAGUCCCUACCUGAGUUCGGCCUCACCUACUACCUUGUCAGAUUUAAAGGAAGCAAGAAAGAUGACAUUCUGGGAGUUUCCUAUAAUAGGUUGAUUAGAAUUGAUGCAACCACUGGGAUCCCUAUUACGACAUGGAGAUUCACCAACAUAAAACAGUGGAAUGUCAACUGGGAAAUCCGGCAGGUGAUGAUUGAGUUUGACCAAAACUUCCAAGUUGCAUUUACGUGCCUGAGUGCGGAUUGCAAGAUUGUGCAUGAGUACAUCGGUGGCUACAUUUUCUUGUCCACUCGCUCCAAGGACCAGAAUGAAACGCUCGAUGAAGACCUCUUUCACAAGUUGACAGGUGGUCAGGACUGAAGUGAAGCAGACCCUGCUGGGCCUACACAGACAGGUCGGGUCCUUCCUGCACCAGUGGGAUCUGUGGCUUGUCCAGAGUGUAGAUUCUAGGCUAACAGACAACAUACCUUCACCGUCAAACACCCAGAUCCUCACCUCAAUUUCAACAUGCUGCCAGCAUGUCUCUUUCCUUAUGGUACCCUCUGCUACCAGCUGUAGAAGGGCCUUUCCUAUUUCAUGGGUGGGUGAGGGACAGGGUGCUACUCUUAGACUGCUCUGAGGCCCAGCCAGCAUGUGGCUAUGGUUCUGUGACUUACACACAUGCCAUGUGAUAACUCCACGUUGGUCUUAUGUUUAUCUGCCUCUUUGCUAAGUCAGCAAAAAGGGUAAAAAUCAUGUGUAAUAUGAUUCCUAUUCCAUAGACUCAGGUAUGAAAGGAAAUAGGUCUUUCCUUAAUGAAAUUAAUUUUAACUGGCAUCUUGUCAAAAUGGGCUAGGGAAAACACACACACACACACACACACACACACACACAUUUUCCUUGGAGGUCAAAAAGUCAAGGGAGGAGGGGCAGAAUUACCUAGUGGUACUGGUUGACAAGUGGGGCUCAGCGCAAUAGCCCUCAGUGUCAUACAUCUACAGUGACAUCUGUCAAAGUAACCACUGACCCAUCUGAUAUUAAUCCUUGGUCAAAAAUCCCAUUUCAUUCCUAGAGGUCCCUUAGAUACAUUAAAGUCCUUCUUGAAGACAUGAAUGACAGAAGGAGAUUGAUGUCGCAGCUCCUUUUACUGUGGAUUAGGCUUAGGAAGAACCAUAAGUUCUGUUCAUAAAAACCAUGUCCUGACAGCGAGAUCCCAAUGGGACUUCAUCCCAGAUGGUCAGAAAGAGAAGGACAAACUUGUUCUCAAAGACCACCAAGUUCAAGGUGUGGAUGAAUGGUGAGCCUCGGAGCUGUUGGCUGGACUGGACGGAAGGGAAGGGCUGUUCUUCCCGUUCCUCAGCGAGCUCCUGGAUUUUGUGUCUAUGUUUAUAGGAUUUCUGGCCUUUUAUUUGGUCAAUCACAAGCCUACAAUAGACUCCCUUUUUUCUCUCUCUGCUUUGUAGUGUGACAUCCCUGCCUUGAGACUUGACCAUGAGCCAAUUAAUAGCUGCCUGCCUGAAUUUGUAUCUUCUGUUUUGGUUUAUUAAGGGUGGGUGGAUUCUGAGAAAGUGAAAAACAAGACCACAGGUAAAGGGAAAUAUCAGUUACUGUUUUAUUCUGUUUUUAUAAAAUGUUCUCCCACUACACAAAGAAUGUGAGUUGGAAGAAUAAGACAACUGCUCAGGUUCCAUCUUGCUCUUCUUUUGGGAUGCACCCUCAGGGGUCUUGGCCAGAGCCCAGAUGCCCACGAGCUUCAGCUGUUGCUGUAUUUUCCAACAAAGUCAUCUGAGAAGGAAGAGCUCAGCAAUUCUGGGAGCCACACAGAGAUGGCCUUGGCGAGGGACACCGUGGCCCUGAGCCAGAAGCUGCCUUCCUGAAAUUCCUGUUGGCCUCUCCCUGGAGGUGUAGGCACAUAAAACCUCCCAGGCACCUGCUGAAUAUCUGAGGACUAGCUUAAAACCCAGAAGUGCUCUGUGACCACGAUUAAUGACUUACUUUGGAAUGCUUUAUGUAGAAAUGAGUGCAAGGUGUCCUGUGUUGAACUUGAUGUCUGCCCUUUCGAGUCCUGGCUCUGCUGUUUCAGAAGUGAGACAGGUCUGAGAUUAGGGUGGAAUUUACAUUAAAAUACUGUUCCUUGAUUUCCCUUUACCUGUUUGCUGUCAAGGAAAGCUCGGCCACAUUACCAAACCUUCAGGACAAUCUUCUUCCCUAGCAUACCACAGUUGCUGUUCUCACCAUGAAAACACUCAAAGGAAUUGACUGGGUUUGACACAAUUUCUGUUACAGUUUGGAGGGACGCAUUUCUUCUGUAUUACACAGCAGCAUUCCAAAGGAACAGACAAGUAUAACAAGAAACACUUAAAUGAUGUUGUUCCAAUGAGCAAACUAAGGACUGAUUUUAUUGUUUUGUUUUUAAUAUUGGGUCUAAAAGGUCAUCUGAUGCCGGGUGCAGUGGCACAGGCCUAUAAUCCCAGUGGCUUGGGAGACUGAGACAAGAGAAUCGCAAAUUCAAAGCCAGUCUCAGCAACUGCAAGGCCCUAAGCAACUCAGUGAGAACCUGUCUCUAAAUAAAAUACAAAAUAGGGCUGGGGAUGUGGCUCAGUGGUCGAGUGCCCCUCAGUUCAAUCCCCAGUACCAAAAAAAAAAAAAAGUCAUCUGACUUUCCAUGAACAACAUUUAAUGUGUGUCUUUCAAUACCAUUUCUGUGAUACUAUCCUAAAUGCGGGUUAUUUUUUAUUAUUUUAUAUGACUUUUUAAAGUAAAUGUUUGCAUUGAUUUGAAUACAGUCCAGUUAUGUCCAAUCUAGUUAAGUGUCUCUUAGAAGGCGAAUGUUUUCUCUGUUAUAAAAGAGGAAUGCAACUUUCAGAGCCAACCUGCGCCUCUCCUCACCAUCCUGAUUCCAGCUCAUUCUCCGGGCGUGGGGGGGGGGGGCGCGUAGGGGGCAGACAAUCACAUGGGUCCUCAAAAGUUAAUUUGAAACCCGCUGUGUAACUGCUGCCCUCCAUUCUUUUCUCCCUGACUCCGUCACCAGAUUUCCUGUUUUUUCUCCUGCCUUACCAUGGGCUCUCUUGUCUCUCUGUCCCUCUCUAGGUCUGCCUCUUUAAAAAUAAAUAAAUAACCUCCAGAAAGCAAAAAAAAAUAAAUACCCAGGAGGAGAAAGGAAGAGCCAAAGGUCUCCAAUUCUGCUGUGGAAUAUUGAGGGUACUUCUUCCUCUUAGUAAUAGGAGGUUUGCUAAUGGGUAAAUAGUCUGCACCUCUUUGUGCAGUUCUCACAUUGGCCCAGCUCAGUUUUCUCAUUUACAAAGGAGAAUCCAGUCUCAGAAAGUGACAAAGCUUGCCCAGGGUCACUCAGCCAAUGAACAAUGGAACCAGGAUCCAAAGCCAGAUUGUGUCUUAUCCCAGCAAACCCUCCCCUUCUGCCUUCAGCCCUGCUCAGCCUUGAAACACUCCCUUCCUAUCACUCCAUCCCCAGUUCAGGGGCUCAGUGUUCCCACCUCAGGGUCACAGUGGUGGAAAAAAGCCAGGGUACAAGGGAAAACAGCUGGCCACGGUUAAUUGGGGGAGGUGGAGGCAGACCAGAAAGGUCUGAUAGGCAGAAAAAUGGGGUACGGAGAGAGUACUUUAUGUUUUUUUGAUUCUGGGCAAGUUUCAUGUUCAGUCCCAAGGCCCAAAAAGUAAAGAAAGGAAGAGUCUUUUCAUUGGAAAAGUCAUCUUUAAAUCAGCGGCACUAGAGGUCAAAGCAUUGUGUUUUCUGAAAUUAUGUAAAAAUUGUUUUUAAUUCACUAGAAAGAUUUCCUUUUCACUUUUAUAUUUGAUAUUUCUGUAUUCAUUUUCAUUGUUUUCCCACAUAAAUGUGACUUUUCUGACUCCUCCC